AUGUGGAUCGAGUUCAGAAAUGUGUCAUCCAAUAGUAGGGGAAACAACGCCAGUAUAUUCUUGAAAAAUGAUGUUGAUUCGAUAAUUGAAGGGAUAAAAUCUGCUCUUUUGACCAUAGCUGAUGCUUUUAGAGAGAGUACUGCAUCUCAUGAUAAAUAUUUUAAGGAAAGUGUUUCGGCUUAUGAGAGAGCUAACAUCAAACUUCCAAUUCCAGAAGCAGAUGUUUGGAAACUUUUACAGGAAAUGCAAGUGGAGAGACAUAUGCUCACUCCAGCAUAUACUUAUCUUCUUGAAUAUCCUGAAAAAGUUAGAGCUUUACUUGGACUCCCCGAAGAUAUUCGAAAGAAUUAUUUAGUUGACCUUAUGUUUGGUCAAGGUCGUCCGUCAAGGAAUUUGUGAGAGGAUGGAAAAGAGAAGUUUGAACAUCGUAUGAAUUUGUGAGAUGAUGGAAGAAAGAAGUUAAGAAUAUAUGAUUGUUGUCGAAGUUGUAAUCGAAUACAUUAUCUUGAAUUGUUACUAAUUUCGAUCUAUGUGGUACUUAUGAAUUGUGAAAACUCGGAUCUACAUUGUGUUUGUCAAUUAAAUUGAUUUUAAGAAAUUUUUAGUACAUUUGAUUUUGGACUUCAAGAAUAAAAUAAGAAAUAUU